AUGAGUGGUAAAUUAAAAAUUUCUGUUAGUUCAUGCGAAACUGCAAUUUCUAAUUCGUCAAGAGUCAGUUCUAAUACCAAAACUAAAUGUUGCCAAUUAUUUUUAAGUUGUUUUAAAAUUAAUCGUAAAAAAGAAUCUUUAGAAGACAUCGUGGACGAUAAUGUUAAAGAAUAUGAUUAUAUUGUUGAAAAACUUGUUGUAAAACGUGUGCCUUUUGUUCUUUUCUCAAUGCCAAAAAAUGUCUUAGAAAAUAAAAUUAAUUCUGAGACUAAAAAUAAUUCUAAUAAAGAAACUUCACAAUCACAAACAAAAUUAACUACCAUGUAUUCAACUGCAUCUGAAACUCAAUCAUUAUUAUAUUAUUCUGAUAGAUUUGAUCAAAAUAUAUCAUUGGACAUUUCUAAUAAAUGUUCACAUUCUGAUACAAAUAGAGCUUUAUUGAAUGAAAGAAAUAGAAAACAUACAUUCUCUGAUAAUUAUCAUACUAGAAUAACUGAAUUGAUGAAUACCUUAAGUAGUCUUCAUCCAAAUUUGAAGGAAGAAGAAAGACCACCAAAAGAUUCAUAUCCUUUAAAUAUAUCACAAAAUAAAAGUGUUUUAUCUACAAAAAUGUCUUUCAAAGAAUUUUUAAAUAAAAAUAAUGAACAUCAAAUGAAACAGGCAUUCAAAUCACAAACUUUUGUUCAAGAACCAUUUUUAAAGAAAAGAGAAUCUAAAAAUGUAAAUUGCUCUGAAAUUAAAUCAAAAGGUGAUAAAGGAAUUUAUUGUUUAAAUCAAAUGAAAUACAUAACAUUGGAUGAUUUUCAAGAUAAUUGUGCUUCUAUUGAAAAACCUAUUAUUCAAUCUGUUCAUAAAAUAUCUUGUAAUUCUACAAAUUUUGUGAAAUCAAUCAUUAACACAAAUGAAAUGAAUACUGAAGAUUACAAAUCAAUUAAUAAUCAUUUGCAGUGGAAUCAUCAAUCAUUAAUAAAUCAGUCUAAAACAUUAUUGGAAAAUAUCACAAAAACUGAUACAUCAAAAAUAAUAUUAAGAUGGAAUAUUAUUUUAAAACAUUAUAAAUCAAAAACAUAUUCUUCUAAAACUUCUCAAAAAUUGAGUAAAUAUUUUAAUAUAAGUUAACAAAUGCAACUCCAGUCAUAAUUAGUUUCAUAAUAAACAAACAAAAAAUUUUUAAUUAUGUUUAUUUUAUCAUAAAAAUUAUUUUUUUGCUUCAAAAUAAUAAAUAAAAAAUAAAAAAGAAAACA